CGCUGCGCGACGAUGCUGCCCCCGUGGUUUGUGGUGUCCGUGCAAGCCGCCGCGCUGCUGCUGCUCUGCAGCGUCCGAUGCGCGGCAAUGAGCGACGAGGAGCGCGCGACCAUCGUCCAGCUGCACAACGAGAUACGAAAUUCGGUGGCCCUCGGUCAGCUGAACAACUGGCCGGCCGCCUCCGACAUGCAGCAAAUGAGCUACAGUAACGACUUGGAGGAGCUCGCCAAGACCCACUUGGAGAACUGCGUGUUCGAGCCUGGCUGCAUUGGCUGCAACAUCGGUCAGGACAAUAGGCCGGGCCAGAACUUAUACGCCAUGACUGGUCCCGCCAACUGGACCCGUGCGUUGAACUUCUGGGGCCAGGCACCCAUCGAGUUCGUGAUGCCUACUAGCCCGGGUAAUCCCGUGCACAUGAAGGUGUCCGUGCUCAGCCAGCUCCUCUGGAGCAAAUCAAACAAGGUGGGCUGUGCCUGGAAAGACUGUUACGCCAAGACCGGCAACAGCUUGUACCUCUGCAACUACAUGCCAGCGGGCAACGAGAUUGGAGGCCACGUGUACAUGAGCGGCAAGGCUUGCAGCCGCUGUCCCCAGGGCACGUGCUGUUCGAAUCGCUGUCCGCACAAGACGCAACCCGCCUACGAGGGUCUAUGCGCUUCCCAGUAGGACCAUAACGAAGUUGGGCCAUGCUGCUUUUCAUUUUAGGAAUUGUCACUGAAUAAUAAAACAACUUUUUUCCCGUAAUAUGGAGCACUUAA